AUAAAGCCGGAAUUACACUGCUUCAGGGGACGCCGGGCGCAAACAAGUCCUUCCGCCAUGGUGCCAAGUUAUGCCGCUUCCUUGCUGUUUGCUGUGAUUAUGGUAUCUAUUCAAUCUGUUGCCUCAGCCGAAGUCAACUCGUCGAUCGUGGACAACUCAAACAGCACCAACUUUAACGUUACUGGCCCUGUUGUGACUCUGCCCGUCAGCAAGAGCAAGGAAGCUGGUUUGCCUGGCGUGGUGUACGCCGGGGUGGCUAUCGGCGUGGUGGCUGUUGCGGGCUUCUUCGUCGAAUGCUGUUUACACAAGCGCAACUAUUGGUCCAAGCGAAGCGAGAUCAAUGCCGGUCUCAACGCCAACCUUCAAAGCAACCGCAUCGUUUAAGUCCCUCUGAAUAUUUCAUUUACUCUAGCUGAUUCCUUUGCGA